AAGUUACUAUAUCAGAACUCCUUCUGAGGUAUGAGGAGGCUAUGCCUAAUAACUCAAUUGCUGUAAACCUGUUGUUAUAUUUCUGGUCUUAAGCAUUUCUUCAGCCUCAGAUUCAUUGCAAUGUUCUUUCUACUUCAUUUCAUCGUUCUGGUAGAUGUCAAAGAUUUCGCACUGACUGAAGGUCGUAUGAUCGCUCCUUUGUGCCAAAAGGGAUAUUUUCCCUGCGGGAAUCUCACCACGUGCUUACCCCGAGCUUUCCACUGCGACGGUGAGGAUGACUGUGGGAACGGGGCAGACGAGGAGAACUGUGGUGACACUAGUGGAUGGGCAACCAUAUUUGGCACAGUCUAUGGAACUGCUAACAACGUGGCAUUAACACAGGAAUGCUUUCUAAACCAGUAUCCACCACGCUGUGAUUGCCAAGAAACGGAACUGGAAUGUGUAAAUGCUGGCUUAAAAUCUGUGCCAAUGAUUUCCAGCAAUGUGACAUUACUGUCUCUUAAGAAAAACAAAAUCCACAGUCUUCCAGAUAAAGUUUUCAUCAAAUACACAAAACUUAAAAAGAUAUUUCUUCAGCAUAAUUGCAUUAGACACAUAUCCAGGAAAGCAUUUUUUGGAUUAUUUAAUCUGCAAAUAUUAUAUCUCAACCACAACUGCAUUACGACUCUCAGACCUGGAGUAUUCCAAGACUUACAUCAGCUAACUUGGCUAAUUCUAGAUGACAAUUCAAUAACCAGAAUUUCCCAGCGGUUGUUUACUGGAUUAAAUUCCUUGUUUUUCCUGUCUAUGGUUAACAACUACCUAGAGGCCCUUCCCAAGCAGAUGUGUACCCAAAUGCCUCAACUCAACUGGAUGGAUUUGGAAGGCAACCGGAUAAAACAUCUUACGAAUUCCACAUUUCUGUCCUGUGAUUCACUCACAGUGCUGUUUCUGCCUAGAAAUCAAAUUGAUUUUGUUCCAGAGAAGACAUUUUCUUCAUUAAAAAAUUUAGGAGAACUGGAUCUGUCUAGCAAUAUGAUAAUGGAGCUACCACCCCACCUGUUUAAAGAUCUGAAUCUUCUACAAAAGCUGAACCUGUCAUCCAAUCCUCUUUUGUAUCUCCACAAGAACCAGUUUGAAAGUCUUAAACAACUUCAGUCUCUAGACCUGGAAAGGAUAGAGAUUCCAUAUAUAAACACACAAAUGUUUCAACCCAUGAAGAAUCUUUCUCACAUUUAUUUCAAAAACUUUCGAUACUGCUCCUAUGUUCCCCACGUCCGAAUUUGUAUGCCCUUGACUGACGGCAUUUCUUCAUUUGAGGACCUCUUGGCUAACAAUAUCCUCAGAAUAUUUGUCUGGGUUAUAGCUUUCAUUACCUGCUUUGGAAAUCUUUUUGUCAUUGGCAUGAGAUCUUUCAUUAAAGCUGAAAAUACAACUCACACUAUGUCCAUCAAACUCCUUUGUUGUGCUGACUGCCUGAUGGGUGUUUACUUGUUCUUUGUUGGCUUUUUUGACAUAAAAUACCGAGGACAGUAUCAGAAGUAUGCCUUGCUGUGGAUGGAGAGUUUGCAGUGCCGCCUCAUGGGGUUCCUGGCCAUGCUAUCCGCCGAAGUCUCUGUCCUGUUGCUGACCUACUUGACUUUGGAAAAGUUCCUGGUCAUUGUCUUCCCCUUCAGUAACAUCCGGCCUGGGAAACGGCAGACCUCCGUCAUCCUCAUUUGCAUCUGGAUGGUGGGAUUUUUAAUAGCUGUAAUUCCAUUUUGGAAUGAGGAUUAUUUUGGAAACUUUUAUGGGAAAAAUGGAGUAUGUUUCCCACUUUAUUAUGACCAAACAGAAGAUAUUGGAGGCAAAGGGUAUUCCCUUGGAAUUUUCCUAGGUGUCAACUUGCUGGCUUUUCUCAUCAUUGUGUUUUCCUAUAUUACUAUGUUCUGUUCCAUUCAAAAAACCGCCUUGCAGACGGCAGAAGUGAGGAAUCACAUUGGAAGAGAGGUGGCCGUUGCAAAUCGUUUCUUUUUUAUAGUGUUCUCUGAUGCCAUCUGCUGGAUUCCUGUAUUUGUAAUUAAAAUCCUUUCUCUCUUCCGAGUGGAAAUACCAGGCACAAUCACUUCCUGGAUAGUGAUAUUUUUUCUUCCAGUAAACAGUGCUUUGAAUCCAAUCCUCUACACUCUUACAACAAGCUUUUUUAAGGACAAGUUGAAACAACUCCUGCACAAACAUCGGAGGAAAUCGAUUUUCACAAUUAAAAAAAAAAGCUUAUCUAUAUCCAUUGUGUGGACAGAUGACUCCUCUUCACUUAAACUUGGAGUUUUGAACAAAAUAACCCUGGGGGACAGUAUAAUGAAACCAGUUUCCUAGUAAUAGCUUUGGAUCUCUGGACUUUCGAUGGACUACCUAAAACAAGGGACAGCUUUUGGAAGAUGACAUCUGCAAUGCUUUUUCGUCUUCACCAACAGCAA